UACCGCAGGUGGUCAAGUACGUGUUGCGAGUGUUGCGGCGUGGUCCGCACGUGGUCAGUGUGUUGCGAGUGUUAGUGUGUUGCGGCGUGGUACCAGUACCACCUCCAUGUCGUCGACGCCAUCAUCUCACGAUUCGGGCAGUGGGUCACCGAGCAGCAGAAGCAGCGACAACGUCGUAUACGCUGCGCAUUUUGAUUUCGACCCCAUCGCCACCAGCUCAAGCGACGAGGAAAGCGUGGAAGACGGGGCGAACCCACAUGACAACGACCUCGGCGUUGUGGCAAACGUUGCUGAUGGCCUUCCGCACUGGUGUUCCUGCGGCCAGUGCAGGCAUAUGGAGUCGGCCACAGAAAAUAUCUGCUGCCAAACCAUCGCAAAAAUCAAGGUCAAAAUAGAGGACAGAGACAGCUGCAUAACAAAUCACCCCACAUUUGUGGGGGGGAUUAUGAACAUCCACGCCAUUGAGGUGAACUACCUGAAUAUGAUGGCCUUAAAUCAGGAACAAAUCCAAGCUGUUGACAUACACAGAGAUGAGAAGCUCAUUGCCAUGAACUAG